AAAAUCUUUUUUACCUAGAUGAUUCCUUGCUAUUUUCUACAGUUUUCCAAGUCGCGUUCACGCCUUGCCAUCGCGAACCACAUUUCCCGCCUAACCACGGCUAAAAAAGCGAACUGCCUGCAGUUGAAGCUAUGUAGAGCCUUUUCUACGCCUUUGUAUAUGAAGGCAUGGACAUUCCAUCCCCAUUGCGACCAAGAGGUGAUGUCAUCAAAAGUUGAUACUGCGGACCCAUCUACACUGGAUGAGGCGGCAAAUGACAGUCUAGAACAAGUGCCUUCAGGUCACAAAGGUUCUUUUUAUUGCUUAAAAUUAAGCGAGCAAGUCCCCGUGCCUAUGACACUCGAAGCCUAUAACAGACACUUCGGUGUGAAGGAAUUCGCAGAACUCGAGGUACCGAACGGGUCUCAAGCAUAUCACCAUCAUAGCUACCGUGAAACAGCUGAAAAAGAUGGGUUGUUGUUACACAAAAUCCAAGAUGAUCGUUGCGUAGACACAAAAACUUUGACACCUGACAACGCAGCGCCGCAAGAGCCACUUGACCCGACGGCUUUUCCGCGGAUCCCGAAGUCGCACAUACUGGUAAAAGUCAUCGCGAGCAGUAUAAACGCGCUAGAUCUGAGAAUGCAACAGGGAUAUGGCCGUCAAUUUUUCUCAAGGCUUCGAGAAAAUGAUGGCCCCAUCGUCCCAGGCCGCGACUUCUCUGGAGUGGUUGUCGGGUGCGGUGAAAAUGUCUUGGAGUAUAAGGUAGGUGACCUUGUGAUGGGCGCAUCUUGGCCGUGGAGCCAAAAUGGCUGCUGGGCAGAAUAUGUAGUGGUUUCUGAAUUUCACGUUGUAAAAAAGCCUGAAUCGUUGAGUCAUGUUGAAGCAUCUGCUUUGGCAUUUUCUGGGAUCACGGCAUGGCACGCAAUUUUUUCUUUUGCGAAGCAGAAUAAAGGCAGAGAGUCCCAAUUGAUCGAUUGCCUCUCUGGAAGCAACGGGUCUAGUGACGCGCCUCAACUGAAGAGCGAUCAGGAGGUUUCUGACACGAUUUGUUCGCUGAUUUGUUCUGCCGAACAAAAAAAAAAAAAAUUAGCGUUUGUGCAUGGAGCUGCAGGAGCAGUUGGAACGAUAGCCGUUCAAUUGCUGAAGGCUUUGGGCUAUUGCGUAUUAGGGAGCGGGAAAGCGGCGCACAAAAGGUAUUUGGAAGAGGAGCUAAAGGUGGACUUGUUUAUAGACCUUGAUGGCGCGACUGACCAAAAGAGCCAUCUACCUCAAGAACCAGAGGCCAUUUACGCCAAGAGCGCUCUAAGCUUUCCUGAAUCCUGUUUCGAUUUUGUUUUGGAUUGCAUUGGCGGCGCCGAAACGUCAGAACUCGAGGCGUUCGAAAAUUUGGCCGUGACUUGGCUGAAGAAGGGUGGCGAAUUCGUAACGACUAACGGACGAGCGAUCAGCCACUUCGAUAACGCGUUCGAAAAAUGGAGCCAGCAAUCGCCUGUCGAAUCAAUCUGUCAUUUGCUCGGUCAGACCUUACCAAAGAAAAAUCCAUCUGACUUCUCGAAUGUCCAGGGAGGCGGCCAGUCAUCCCUGCUCUGCUUUUUGUCCAGCGUUGGCUCUAGCGCGGUAAGCUACAUUCAAAGGAAAUACGCUGUGGAAUCGAUGUACGAAGUGGGGUAUCAGUGGGCUUAUUUUUAUCCAGACGCCAGCGCGCUCAGAGCUCUGACUUCUCUCGCGGCGGCAAGGGCGAUCUUUCAGCCGGUUUCGGAGGUGACCGAAUUCGCGGAGGUGGGUCGCAUGGUUCGCAGAUUGCUUAAAAAAAAUGUUGACAGGCCACCUGGAAAAGUGGUCAUCUUUUUUUCAUAAAAAAAAUUUUUUUUUUUUG